UUUUUCCUGCGCACAGACUCAUCAUCCAUUGCUCGCAUUCUCGCGGCGUCCGUUUCCUCGUUGCCGUGUGUUGUUCCGUUUCGAGAGAGGGGCCCCAUUCUCCACCCAUUUGAUUUUCCUUCCCCAUUCUUCUUCUUCUUUGCUUUGUCUUUCGCCUAUAAAAUAUUCUAGGCAUUCCAGUGCGAGCACCACCACCGACACUCAUCGAUCUCAUUCAUUCAUUCGCCUCUUCCAAAUGCCUCUCGUCUUUGCUCCUUCGUGUCUCACCCCGAGAGUUCUUCGCUCCCCCGUCGAGUAAGCUCUGAGGAAGAUCUCCCAGCUUGUAGUAGCGUGUGAUUCUUCCGCGGGAUUGGCUGAGAUGGGCUCUCUCCUCUUCGCAUUGGGUCUCGGGAUCGCCGCUUCUUUGCUGGGAUCGAUCGCGUCAUUGGCGGUGGCGGUGGCGGCGGCGCAAGAGCCCGCCGCCAGGAGCUACAUUGUCCAUAUGGACAACUCCCAAAUGCCCGAUUCCUUCCAGCACCACCAGCAUUGGUACGCAUCGCUCGUAGCAUCCGCCAAAGAUGCCACCACUGAUUCCAUCUCUUCCUCCUCCGCCACUACCAUCUCGGACGAUCUCCUCCUCCACGUCUACGACACGGUCCUCCACGGCUUCUCCGCCGUACUCACUCCCACACAGGCCGAGGCCAUCCAGCGCCUCCCCGGAUUUGUGGCCAUGGCCCAAGAUACCAAGAAGGAGCUCCACACCACCCACAGCCCGGGCUUCCUCCAUCUCAACUCCAGCUAUGGGCUGUGGCCCAAAUCCAAGUACGGCGACGACGUCAUCAUCGGCGUGUUCGAUACCGGCGUCUGGCCGGAGAGCGCGAGCUUCAGCGACCACCGGAUGUCCGCGAUUCCCUCCAAAUGGAAGGGCAUAUGCCAGACCGGUCCCGGGUUCGAAUCCACCGCUUGCAACAAGAAGCUGAUUGGCGCGCGCUACUUCUUCCGCGGCUACGAGGCGAUGAGCGGGCCAAUCAACGGCAGCACCGAAUUUAAAUCGCCGCGCGACUCGGACGGCCACGGCACCCAUACCGCCAGCACCGCCGGCGGGAGGUACGUGUACCGUGCGGACAUGCUAGGGUUUGCCAGCGGUACCGCCGAGGGGAUGGCGCCAAAGGCCCGCAUUGCCGUGUACAAGGUGUGCUGGACGUCCGGCUGCUUUGAUUCGGAUAUUCUGGCGGCGUUCGAUACCGCCGUGGCAGACGGCGUGGAUGUGAUCUCGCUGUCCGUGGGCGGCGGCGUCAUGCCGUACCGCAUGGACAGCAUCGCGCUGGGGGCAUUUGGCGCCAUGACGCGCGGCGUGUUCGUUGCCACGUCAGGCGGCAACCAGGGGCCAGGUCAGCUGUCCGUGACCAACGUGGCGCCGUGGAUCGCUACCAUUGGUGCCAGCACAAUGGACCGGGCAUUUCCCGCCACUGUCAAGCUCGGCAAUGGCGAGUCCUUCCAGGGCGUGUCGCUCUACAGCGGCAAGGGUUUCGCGGCCGGGGAGGAGAUCCCGCUCGUCUACUCCGCCGACGCUUCUGUCGGCAAGAACGGCAGCGAUUCCUACUCGGCGAGCCUGUGCCUGGCCGGAUCGCUGGAUCCCAAGCUCGUCCGGGGCAAGAUUGUGCUGUGCGAUCGAGGUAACAAUGCCAGGGUCGAGAAGGGGGGCGUGGUUCUCGCCGCCGGCGGCCGCGGGAUGAUCCUCUCGAACUCCCCCACCGACGGCGAGGGUCUGAUCGCCGACAGCCAUCUCCUUCCAGCUACCGCCGUCGGCAAUGCUGCUGGAAGUUCCAUCAAGAACUACAUCAAAUCGGCGAAAUCUCCAGUCGCGAGCAUCAAAUUCCUGGGCACGGUUCUAGGGACUUCCCCAGCGCCGGUGGUGGCAUCGUUCUCCUCCAGGGGCCCCAAUCCAGAGACGCCCGAGAUCCUCAAGCCGGACAUGAUCGCUCCCGGGGUGAACAUCCUGGCGGCGUGGACGGGCGCCGCGGGGCCGACUGGAUUGGCAUCCGACACUCGCAAGGUCCGAUUCAACAUCAUCAGCGGCACAUCCAUGGCCUGCCCACACGUCAGUGGAUUGGCGGCGCUGCUCAGGGGCGCUCACCCGGAUUGGAGCCCCGCGGCGAUCAAAUCCGCGCUCAUGACCAGCGCCACCCUCGUGGACAACACCAAGAACAUCAUGUCCGACGAGGCCACCGGCAACGUGUCAACGCCGUUUGACUUUGGGUCGGGGCUGGUCAACCCCGAGACGGCCAUGGAUCCGGGGCUGGUCUACGAUCUGGGCAGGGAGGAUUACAUCGAGUUCCUGUGCAGCCUCAACUAUUCGUCCAAGGACUUGAGGAUGGUGACGAGAUCCAAGGCCUCUUGCCCGACGAGCGUGCCCAAGACGAGCGAUCUAAACUAUCCGUCCUUCUCGGCGGUGUUUGAUCAAAGCGUCAAGGGGCCGAUGAAGAUGAGUUUCAAGAGGACGGUGACGAAUGUGGGGUCGCCCAAGGCGGAGUACGUUGCGAGCGUUUUGGUGCCCAAAGGAAUCGAGGCGAGCGUGGUGCCCAAGAGGCUCUUGUUCUCGGAGCUCAACCAGAAGUUGAGCUACACGCUGACGAUCAGCGCGCCGAGAGCGGCGGUGGUGCCCGGGGAUAUCGAGACGGUGUUUGGGCUCUUGACGUGGUCGGAUAGCCAGCGGAUGGUGAGAAGCCCGAUCGCGAUCAGUCGCCAGGAGCCGUAUUGAUCGAUCCAUCAGUCGGUGGUGAUCGCCAGCGAAAGUUUCGAUCGACCACACCAGCAAAGUUAGUGGAAGGAGGCAUUCAAGAACAACCAACGAGGAACAAUCUGGUUUGCUGUCUUCACUUUUUCUUUCCAGCUUGUUUAGAUGCUUGCUGCUCAAGCGUGUCAAUGAAUCGAGCACAGCAAAGAGCAAAGUGACUUUGUAAAUUUUCGACGGAUUGUGGGGAAUCUUCAAAGGCUGCUUUUGUGCGUUGUU